AUGACGAUAGCGGCGGCGGUGAUAGUGACGAUGACAACGGCCAACGGCGAGGACGGUGAUAGUAACGAUGACAGUGACGAGGACGGCGAUAGUGGCGAUGCCAACGGCGGCGAGGACGGUGAUAGUGACGAUGCCAACAGCGGCAACGGAGAUAGUGACGAUGAUAGUGACGGGAACUAUGAUAAUGACGAUAACAAUGACGGGCACACUGAUUGUGAAGAUGACAAUGGCGGAGACGGUGAUAGUGACGAUGACAAUGACGAUGACAGCAGCAGCAGCAGUAGCAGCAUGUUAUCUCACCGCACGGCACAAUAA